UGUGCUCGCCCGAUCACUUUGCGGGUGGAAAGAUCGACAAGAACCCGGUCCGAUCAGCUCUCAGACUCCUUCGUGUCAGUGUUGGCCUCGCUCCGAUUGAACAUAGACGGAUCAUCAAGAGGGCAGAAGGUGGCUGCAGCAACGGACAUUCCACUCUCGGGCAAAAGCGGGGGAAGAACGGGCCGAAAUCCUGGUCGAUAAGACAGCGAGCUCGAAAAGCGCAAGGUUCACAAAGGCCUUGUCCUGGUACUACUGCCACCAUGACGACCAAUACGAGCCAGAUAGAUCCAUCUUUCUGGUCCGAUCAGCUGUUCGAAGAUGGCCCUGACGAGAUGGAUCUCACUCCCGAAACGCGGAACACGAUUGACGACACGAACAUUCCACAAUCACAAACGAUUCACGCCGGUGACUCGCAGUCGGUCAUCACACAUAAUUGGAGAGGAGGUGAACGUACAUCACCUCAACAUUCGCCCAAUGCUUCCCACGCUCCACUGCCGCUCGAGGAAGAGUCGCCAGCAAUUCGUAUACAAGAGGACUUUGGCACCUCUCCGGGUACAAAUCCCGGACUGCAUCACCUACUGCCUUCUUUGGGCGUCUCACAAGGAUCCCCACGAGAUAGUUUAUUCGGCCGUAACCAGCCGGGCAACAUUCCCGCGAAUCGUCAGUCGACCGAGACAGCCUCAUCCCUGUCAUUUCGCCCGCCAGCUACAAUGCCAACUCAGGAAAACCUAAACAAUCUCGGCUCAUCAAAUAGAAACGAUGACAAUUCUGCCCCAUACUUCUACACGGGUGUGCCCGGCAACCCUUCCGGGGAACCCAAUGCGGCGCUGGCGAUGUCGCCGAGAGCCAUGCUGCUCGCGGGGACCGCGAACACAAUGAUCAAAGAGCAGAACAAGACGCCACUUCAGCCCUCAUCUAACCGAUCGCAUGAACCGUCUCCUUUGGGACGUUACUACCUUUCGUCCUCGGAUCCGCAACACAUCUCGAAAAGGCCGCAAGGGUCAAUCUCGUUUCCCAGCGUUUCGGCGUCGACCACUCCAACGGCACCGGUUAUACCUGGUUUCAAUACGAGUCCUGCUUUGCGAAAUCGAGGUGAAAAGGAGAGUCCCACGCUCAGUAUGGCCAGCGAUGAAGCCCUCAUGCUGGGUGACGAUCCAAACCCUGAUGGAAAAGACCAGAGAUUGUUUCCAGGAUUGCCUUCGAGCGCAGGCAACCGCCGUAUCGGCCAUUCCAGGCUCGGAUCUGGCGGUACGUCAGUCCAACCCCAUCAGAUUCCUCUUCCGCCGUCCCCGCACAUCUCUGGACCGUCCAACUCACCAGCCAGCGCUGUCAAGGGGAGUCCAGGAGUGAGAGCCAUCGCCCUCGGAUUCGGUGGUACCGGCGGCCAGCUGGGGAGUGGCAGAGUGCCUCCGUCGCCUUCUCAACUGGGUGACAGAGGCGAAAGUUCGAGCAAGAGCAGACCCCGGCUACGCCAGGAAACGACCGAUAGUUUCGCUUCGACUAGCUCAGAAGAGGAAGAUAUCAGCUCGCCGAUGGUCCUUCCUGAUACUUCUCUCAGAGCUUCGGACCGUGGGACGAACUCUCCGCGAUCAGCCUUUUCCGGUAACCUGGAGACAGGAAUCACCUCGGACAAGGGGUCGAAGGGACUCUUUCCCGCAUGGAGCGAUGUACAAAGGUUCGACAAGAUGGCCAACAAUCCGUUCGCCUUUGGCGCUAGUUCCACAACGUAUCCGACAAUGCCCAUUACGAAUGCCAAAUUCACAUUCCGGGCUGGGACAGACGCCCCGACAUUUCCGCCUAUGAGCCCUAGUAGCUCUUCGUCCCUGGACAGUGACGACGAUGCGAACACUAGAGGACCUGGUACGGUUCGCUUUUCUGGACCGGUCAGUCCGAAGAGGUCUCAAACCCGAAACGAUUCUGCAGCGGAAGACGGCGGUGAUUACGGGCAUGGCUAUGGAGGUGGCAAGGGCUACACAGCGAGCGAGGGUCGAGAUGGACAUCGCUCGGGCAGUAUCAUAGUGGGAGGAAAGGGUUAUGGCGAUGGCUCUUCGGCUGCGAACAUGAACGUCCCUGAUCGACACGGAGACGAGGAUAGCAGCGACGAGGACGAUAGACCGCGACAGAAACGCGUCGAUAAGAAGUUGGAAGCACCUGCUGCCCGCCUGCUACGUGCCAUCCGGGCGGAUGAGAGGGGACAAGCCCGUGGAGCUGAUGGGUCGUUGAAGGAUGACGAGGAGGGCCCCUCUCGUCCGAUGGAAGCAGCGUCGGAGGACGAGGACAAUCGGACGAACACUACUCUACAGGACACCACAGACAGCGAGGCGGAAUCCGGUUCCGAUUACGAAGGACAAUCGUCCAACUCUCGACAGAGGCCUCGAAAGCGCAAGGCUUUGCGGGUCGAGGCCACAAGCGUCGGGGCUGAUUCAAAAAGCGAGACCUCGUCCAAUAGUCGACCUGAUUUCAUGCCAAGCAAAGCAAAGCGCCGAAAAGCUGGUCCGGCAGAAGAGGGGGACGUUCACUGCGACUAUGUCGAACCACUACCCCCGUAUGAGCGGUGCACGUCCCACUUUCAUCGAACGUAUGAUUUGGCCCGCCAUCUGGAAACGAUCCAUGCCCGGAAUGAAGGAAGGGCGGUAGAGGCUGGGCAGCUGGACGAGAAGGCCGCCAAACUCUGGGUCGAGUACGGUAGACCGCAGUGUAGCUGGCCAUGUCCUGUACCCUCUUGUGGACAGAUCUUCUCUAGGAAGGACGCCAUGCAGAGACACCUGAAGACGAAGAGGCACGAGGGCGCCGUGGUACCGGCGGAGUAUCUUAACUGAUUGACCGAACUUACUACAUUCAUACAUGUAAUGACGGUCAGCUGUUACCAACCAAUCAUAUGAGACGCCUCACCUGAAAUUAGGUCCGUGGCUGCAAGUGACCUACAGUAUUUAGAUUCCUUGCAGAAUUGUGUGGCACACAAAUUAGCACACGCAUAGCUGAUCCCUGAGUACUGUCAUGUUGUAGCCAUCACGUGACGCGUCGCUGCCUCCGCAAGAGACCCGUCCUUGCUAGGGUCUUCUUUUACUUCUCCCAUAGGGUGUUUCUUAUAAUAAGCCCAUUGUGUGUAUAUACUUCAUCCAUUAUUACACCA